AGGGAUCACGAAUCCACGACAGUCGACUUUGGAUAGUCAACUUCGACCAAAAAAAAGGCACCUGAGCGAACAAAUUUCCUUUUCUCAAAUAGAUCGCCUUGGACAUGGCUGUUGCGGUUGUUGUCCAUUUUUCUCAGCAUGGAGUUGGUUUCCGUUCUGUGAUACCAGUACAAAUCUCAUUUAGGGUGGAAAUAUGGAGGGCAAGGGCGGGUUCACUUAUACACAGUGUACUUUUGUUUUCUUUCUCUUUUUUCUUUCCAUUUCCAUCUUUCUUCUGGCAAAUAUUUGUCCUCAUCCGGGAAUGGGCUGCUGGGCCGUCGCAUGGACGAAUUGGCCCCUUGGGUUUAUUAUAUCUUGUGUCUUUUCUCGUACAUAUUUACCUCUGGGCUUUUUUUCUUUCUAUUUUUGUGUUGAAUUAAUCAAGAUACCUUUUUGUGCGGUAUAUUCCUAGAAGACAUGGAUUUAUAGUAGCUAUGCCCAUUAUCGGUGCACCCAUUAUAUAUAUAUAUAUAUAUGUGAAGCAAUUAGAUGAACGCCCGUCUAUUCUGUAACCAGCCUAAUCCUCAA